UCCCUCUCCCCGUCGCCUAAAGCUGCGGUGUGGUUGGCGCUCUGCCCCGUCGUCUGUGGAAAGACGUUCCGUGAUGUUCCUUCACAGUUGACUCUGGCCGUAUUUUCGUAGUUUCGUCGUGCCUCGGCCGCCCAGUGCAGUGGAGAUCUCCUGAAGCAUUUGUUUCACACUGGCUUUGGUAACUGGGAGAACUGCCCCACCCAAAUUCUUACAUAAACGAAAGUAAUGACUCUUUGAUAACAGAGAACUUUGUUCCCAAGAGCUCAAGCCCUUCCUGGUUGUUAGAACACACUUGAGAGUUCUUGUGUUUUUAGGAUGGAGGGGAACUACCUGAAACCCUCUGUUCCUAUGCAUGAAGAUGUCUCUGGUGGACUUGGGGAAAAGGCUGCUAGAAGCAGCAAGAAAAGGCCAAGAUGAUGAAGUGAGGACAUUGAUGGCAAACGGUGCCCCAUUCACCACAGACUGGCUUGGAACCUCCCCACUGCACCUCGCAGCCCAGCACGGGCACUACUCCACUGCUGAAGUGCUGCUUCGAGCGGGUGUCAGCAGGGAUGCCCGCACUAAAGUGGACAGGACCCCUCUGCACAUGGCCGCUGCGGACGGACACGUGCACAUCGUGGAGCUGCUUGUUAGGAAUGGUGCAGAUGUGAAUGCCAAGGACAUGCUGAAGAUGACAGCUUUGCACUGGGCCACAGAGCACCACCAUCGGGACGUUGUCGAGUUGCUUAUCAAGUACGGGGCUGACGUUCACGCUUUUAGCAAGUUUGAUAAAUCGGCCUUUGACAUAGCCCUGGAGAAAAACAACGCUGAGAUUUUGGUCAUCCUCCAGGAAGCAAUGCAGAGUCAGGUUGCUGCCAGCCCUGAGAGAGCCAACCCUGCGACCAACCCCAUGACAGUGGCUGCUCCAUUCAUCUUCACCUCCGGAGAGGUGGUUAGCCUCGCCAGCCUUGUUUCUUCAGCCAGCACCAAAACAACCUCAGGAGACCCCCAUGCCUCAGCAGUACAGUUCUCAAAUUCUACCACCUCAGUGCUGGCCACCCUUGCUGCCCUUGUUGAGGUGUCUGCCCCCUUCUCCAGCUCACACAGAGCCCCAGCCAAUCCAGAGGAAAUCACAGAGGGCGAUUCUAUUGACUCAUCAAUCCAGCAAGCAGUGGGGAGUGGAGGCCAGAGAGUCAUCACCAUAGUGACUGAUGGGGUCCCUCUGGGUAACAUCCAAGCCGCCAUCCCUGCUGCAGGCCUGGGCCAGCCACUUAUCGUAACUGUGCAGGACGGACAGCAAGUUCUAACUGUACCUGCUGGUCAGGUUGCAGAGGAAACUAUGAUUGAGGAGGAAGAGAAAGAAGCAGAGAAGUUACCAUUGACAAAGAAACCAAGGAUGGAAGCGAUGACAAAUAGUGUGGAGGAAAGUAAGGAGGGCAGUGAAAGAGAGUUACUACAGCAGCAACUCCAGGAGGCCAAUCGAAGAGCCCAGGAAUACCGGCACCAGCUCCUAAAGAAAGAGCAGGAAGCAGAACAGUACCGCCUUAGGCUGGAGGCCAUGGCCCGACAACAGCCCAAUGGAGUUGAUUUCGCCAUGGUUGAAGAGAUAGCUGAGGUAGAUGCUGUAGUAAUCACAGAAAGAGAGGAGGAAGAGGGAGAAGCAGAAGUGACUAGGUCAGGAGGUACCACAGAGCCUCAUGCUGGAGUUUCUCUGGAAACUGUUUCUUCCUAACAUGCAAGAUCCACAACUUGCAUUCUGUUCAUCUUCCUCUUUUAAGAAGAAAAUACAGCUGGGCUUGUUGGCACAUACCUGUAAUCUCAGCUACUUGUGAGGCUGAGGAAAGAGGAUUGAAAGUUUGAGGCCAGCCUGCACAACUUAGUGAGUCCCUGUCCCAGAAAAGGGCUGGGGUGUAGCUCAGUUGCAGAGUGCUUGGCUAGUGUGUACAAGGACCUAGGUUCGAACCUUACUACCACAAAAGGAGGAGAAAAUAAUGCAGAGGGUAAAUACUAUAAAAACUGAGUGUCUUUGAGAAGAAAACUGUAGGCGGGAGGUGAAGCUCAGUGGUAGAUACUUGCCUUUCGGGUACAAGGCCUGGGUAGGACCCUCAGCACUGAAAACAAAAACACCAAACUACUAUACCAGGGAACAGUGCUUGGGCCCAGGAAGGCUCUGUAUGCAACUGGAAAGUUCAAAGUCAUAUUUAAUGAAUAGUUUUUCUAAGGGACCAAAAAGUAAAGACCAAAUUUCUCAGUUCACAUCACUGCUUUAAGCAUAUAGAGUGUUGAUACUGUGGGUUGAUUGUUUUUUAAAUAACUGACUUUUUAUUAAAGCUUUUUGAGAUAAUAUUCCUAAUACAUAUAUACCAGGCGUCUAAUAAUUAUAGCAUCAAGUGACCUGAAAAUUUGCCUUAAAUUUACGAAACUAAUCAGGAGGGAGCUUAGAAGUGGGCUUUGGGGAAGAGAACGGGACAGAAUAUUCUACUUCCAAAUGAGCAGCACUCCCAGCUAUCCUGAGUUAAUUUCAUUGAAGAGAAAUUUAAUGCUCCUUUACAAAUUUGUGUUCAUUAUGUGUCUGUAGCUCUGGUGCCAAUUUACGAAACAAAAAUAGCUGGGCAUGGUUGUACAUACCUGUAAUCCCAACUGCUAGGGAGGCUGAGGCAGGAGGAUUGGAAAUUAACGGCCAGCUUGUGCAACUUAGGGAGACCGUGUUUCAAAAUAAAAAAGACUGAGGAUGUAGCUCAGUGGUAAAGCACCCCUGGGCUCAACACCUAGUACCACCAAAAAGAAAGAGAUGAGGCUGUGCUCAGUUGUAGAGUGAGUGUGGGUGCUUAGCAUACAUGAGGUCAAGGAAAAAAGAAAAAGUUGAAUUUAGAGCCAGGGAUAUGGCUCAGUGACAUGGCACCUGCCUGGCAAGCUCAAGGCCCUGAGUUUGAUUCCUGGUACCAAAAAAAAAAAACCUCAGAAGCUCAGGAGGCUGAGGCAGGAUCACUGCCUGGGCUACACAGUUCAAGUCCAUAGUGAGUUCAAGUCCAGCGGGAACUACAUAGUGAGACCCUGUCUCAAAAAAACCUAGAUAGUAAACUUGUUUGUGAGGUAGAAGUGGAUAUAAAACCCAAAUCCCCAGGCUGUUUUUCCAGUGCUGGAAAGUGGCCAAAAAGAGGUUUACAGGGAAGGCUAUGAAACUCCUGCCCAGUCUGCCCUCGCUCUGGGAACUCACCUCCCCUGAGCUCAGGGAGGGCCCUGUUAGGGCCGCUAUUGGCCAUAGUCUCAGACCUUCCCAAGGGCCGUAGAAGAGUGACGUGACACACUCAGUUUGUAGCCCCACUGAUGAGCUCCCUCCACCCCAGGGCUAUGAAACUCUGGGCCUGAGAUACUGACUUUGCACUGGCUGGAUUUUAUGGAAUUGCAGUCAGGAGGGUGUCUGUUGUCAGAACUACUCACUUCCAGACAUUUAUAUAAUAUCAAACUCAGGCUCUUUAAUUUUAUAAGACCUUGUUGAAUUUUUUGUGUCACUUAGGACAUUGGCUUUUCUGUGUAGCUUCCAUCCUUUAAAUGCAAGAAGAAAAAAGGAGGGACAGUUUUAUUUCUGUUGAUUUAGGGUGAGUAAACUGCUGUUUGGUAAGCUUGGGCCUGCAGAGCCCUGUGCUGCAGUGCGGACACAGGAGGAGCAGCUGCCUGUGCCACACAGUAAGGACUGAAGUCGGCCACGCCGGUGCCUCCCUGCCUGGACACGGCAAGUGUUUCACUGUGGGGUUUCUUUAUCUGUCAGCACCAAGGGUGUUGGGGUGGGGAGGGUGUUGUGAGAGGUUACCUCCCUGAGGCCACUGCCCUUGAAGUUGGCCUUCAUCGUUCUAGACUUGCUUGCUUGCCUGCUUCGUUAUAAGUUAGCAGAAGAAACCACAGGGACAUGUGCCCAGUAAACAUCUGAAUGACUGUUUAGAACAUGGGUUUCUUCAUUGUCGAUCAUGAGGAAAACAUGCAUUCUGGGGGGAAAAACUUGACAAUUAACAUGGUUCUGUCUGCCAUGAUUAGUACUUUGCUACCAUGUUCUAGAGGUACAGCCUCAUUUGGGGCUCAAAAUAGACUGAAAAUAUAAUUCCCCAAACCAGAUUUAACCAAGAGAAUUUGCCGUUAGAAGUUUUGAAAUUAAUCCUGGCUCCUGGCUACGUUGGGUCUGAGUACCCAGCACUCUGCAGAUGAUUGGAGAUUGUUCUGGGGAGGAGAGGAUGACAGAAAUGCAGAAGAACCCAGAGGAGGUAGCGCUGAAACUGGUCUCUGCUCUCAGGUCCCCAUUUGCAGUCUUUUUCUCUUUUGGCUCCUUUUGGGAACCAGGUGCCAACAAUAGGCUGCUGUCCAUUGCAUUUCAGAUCCUUGGCUUAACUAUCGAGGGACCAAGUAUCAUUUUGGAUGUCUUUUAUGUUCCUGGUGCAUAUGGUGACUUUAAUCCCCCAACCCGAUCAUGGGUGGAAAUUUUUUUUUUUUUGGAGAAAGGUUCUCGGUAUUAUUUUGGCUUGACCUUGAACUCACUAUGUAGCCCAGGCUGGGCUCAAACUUGUGGCGAUCCUCCUGGCUCAGCCUCCAGAGUGGGGGAAAUGUCCAUCUAAUACUUCCUUCUAAGCACACAGCGUCCCAUUUUGGGGGAACCGUUUAGGAGUUCUCAUUACUCUUUCUGGAGCUUAUCUUCCCUCCCUUUGCCCCAAAAAUCUCUAAUGCAGGCCAUCAAUCUUGAUGAUGGGGCUUUGUCAGAGGAGAGGCUCGGAAGGGAAGGAGAGAAGGGCAGUGACAGAAAAGGGCUGAGCAGGAAAAGGGAGUUCAUUUUCACUUACUUGGACUAGUCCUGGUCUCAUGCCAGAGGACGAAAAUAGGAUUUGAUCUUCAGUUACCUUGCCAUGUAGGUCGGAUGCUUUGAAACAGUUAGAAACGAAAUACUGAAUGCAUUACUGUGGCACCAUUUCCUGAUUUUGCAUAUCUUUAUGGAUCAGUCGUGAAAGUUGGACAAACAUGGCUUAGAUGUGGGUUGGCCAGUUUACUGGCAAGACUGGAUUAUUACAAAUCAAAUAGCACAAGUUUUUGGAGUUGGUGCUAGAGCCGGAGAGACUUGGAGCUUAGGAUGGCUGUUUAUUUUAAGAUAAAGCCGCAUCAGCAGUAUCGGUAUUAAUGUCAGGGAUUUCAGAAUCUGGCUUUGCACUGUGGUCUUAUGCCUUUCCCCAAGAAAAAGAAAAAUUGUAUUUCUGUUCUUAUUCCUAGCUUCAGGGAAAUUAACUGUAAAUGUCUAAGUGUAUGCUCCCUUCCUGUCACUAACUCUGUAAAGGGAUCUUCUAAUUGUCUUUUUUUUUUGGUACCAGCAUUGAACUCGGGUCCCUGUGCUUGCAUAGCAGGCGGUGAAACCACUGAGCUAAAUCCCUGGCCCCAGGGUUUUCUAUGUUUUGAACUCAGUGCCUUAAAAGAUGUUAUUUUAGCUGGUGUGGUGGCACAUGCCAGUAAUCCCAGCACUCUGGAUGCUGUGGCAGGAGGAUCGCCACAAGUUCAAGGCCAUCCUGGACUACACAGUGAGAUCCUGUCUCAAAAACAAAACAGGGCCUUGGGCCUGGGAUUUAGUUCAGUGGUUCUGCCGCCUGUCUCGCAAGCUCAAGGACCCCAGUUCCAUCCCCAGUACCAAAAAAAACCCCAAAACAAAACAAAACAUGGCCAACGAUUUAGCUCAGUGGUUCCAGCACCUGCCUCCCAAGCCCAAGGUCCUGAGUUCGACUGGUGGUACCAAAACAAACAAAAAGAUGUUCUUUUUCUGUCAGAUAUACAGUUAUUUUUUACUUUGCAUUGCCCUCUUCUUCAGGCUCACUCCUGCAUCAUUAAAAUUUUUGUGUCUUAUUAAUGUAACAAAACGACGUUUUCUUCUUUGUUGGUACCAGGGAUCAAGCUCCAUUCCUUGCGCUUGCAAGGCAGGCAGCGGAACCACUGACCUAAACCCCUAGCCCAAAAUGACUUUUUCUUUAUAUCUGUGUAAAAGAAAUGAUUCUACCAGAGGUCUCUUCAGUUGAAGUUGUGUUGUUAUGACCAGGGUAGUUUUUAUACAUUGUUUCUAGGUAUAUGUUAGUAUAUGUUUGUAAAUCUUUGAAAUUUUUUUUUUGUUUUUUUGUACUGGGGAUUGAACUCAGGACCUUGUGUUUGCAAAGCAGGCGCCGGAACCACUGAGCUAAAUCCCCGGCCCAUGAAAUUUUUCUACUUUUAACUUUGAGGUUCAGCUGUAAAAUACUUGGUAUAACCUGGAAAAGGUUUCUGCCAGGUGUGGUGGCACACACCUGUAAUCUCAGCACUUGGAAGGCUGAGGCAGGUGGAUUGCUCCAAGUUUGAGCCCAGCCUGGGCUACACAGUGAGACCUUAUCUCAAAAAAAAAAAAAAAGAAAGAAAAGAAAAAGAAGAAAA